AUGCGUCGAGCCACCAACGUCUAUGUCAUUUGCUCCUUCGCCGCCAUAGGCGGCGGGCUGUUCGGCUUCGACAUUUCGUCCAUGUCGGGCGUCAUCGGCACGCAGGCAUACAAGCAAUAUUUUGGGAACCCGGUCUCGUAUGUCCAGGGGGCCAUCACGGCGUCGAUGCCGGCUGGGUCGUUGGUCGGGUCGUUGAUGUCGUCGUUUCUUGCCGACAGGUUGUCGCGCAAGGUUUCGCUGCAGAUUGGCUGCGUUUUUUGGAUCGUGGGCAGCCUGAUUCAGUGUGCCUCGCAGAACAUUGCCAUGCUGUGUGCGGGACGGACGACGGCCGGCUUGUGCGUUGGCAUUGCGAGCUCAGUUGUGCCCAUCUAUCAGUCCGAGAUUGCUCCCAAGGAGAUACGCGGCAGGGUCGUCAGCCUGCAGCAAUGGGCCAUCACCUGGGGUAUCCUCAUCCAAUACUUUAUCCAGUACGGCGUGGCCGAGAGCAUUGGCGGAGGACCCGGUGAUCCGAAGCAGCCAACGGUGGCGUUCCGGAUCCCGUGGGGGGUGCAGACGGUGCCCGGGUGCGUGCUGCUCGUCGGCCUCUUCUUCUGCCCGCACAGCCCGCGGUGGCUGGCGUCGCAGGACCGCUGGGCCGAGGCACUGGCAGUGCUGGCGGACCUACAUGGCGACGGUGACGCCCGCGACCGGCGCGUGCUGGCGCAGUAUCGUGAGAUCGAGGACGCGCUGCGCCUCGAGCGCGAGCAGGCCGAGAGCAGCUUCGCAGCGCUGCUGCGGAGGCGCAUGCUCAAGCGCGUGGUCCUGGGCAUGAGCAUCCAGGCUUGGAGUCAGCUGUGCGGCAUGAACAUCAUGAUGUAUUACAUUGUCUAUGUCAUGGAGGGCGCUGGCAUCGCAUCGCCGCUCCUGACUGCCUCGAUCCAGUAUAUCAUCAACGUCGUUCUGACGCUGCCUGCGAUUCUCUUUCUCGACAAAUGGGGCCGACGCCCGGCGCUCGUGGUCGGGUCGUUUCUCAUGAUGACUUGGCUCUUUAUUUCCGGGGCCGUGCAACAAUACUAUGGUCGACCAAAUACGCCAGAAACGAGGACUGGUCAGAACAAGGACACGACGUGGAUCGUUGCGCACAACCGCCAGGCCUCGUGUGCCAUCGUCGCCUGCUCGUAUCUCUUCGUCGCUACCUUUGCCACCACCUGGGGCCCAACGUCGUGGACGUACCCUGCCGAGAUCUUCCCGUCGAGGAUCCGAGCCAAGGCUGUGUCCAUCAGCACCGCGACCAAUUGGCUCUUCAACAUGGUGCUGGCCUUUGUCGUCCCUCCGCUUCUGUGGCAUGCCAACUAUAGAACUUACUACCUGUUCGGAUCCUUCAACGCCGCCGCCUUCUUCCACAUGUUCCUCGCGGCGCACGAGACAAAGGGCUACACGCUGGAGGAGAUGGACGACGUGUUCGACUCGGGCGUGCCGGCGUGGAAGCGCGGCAAACCGGUUCACAGCCGCCUGGAGGAGCUGGAGAUGCGGUUGGAGACGGAAUCGGCGGCCAAGAUGCAUCAGUCACCGGACAUAUGCGAGCGGCCGGAGACGCCGUGA